CGCUCGCGCCCGGCGGAAGCCAGAGGGCGGGGCUUGCGUGGUGGCGUCACGGGGCGGUGCUUCGGGUGGCGGGAAGAGGAGGCGCGAGAAUGGAGUUGGAGGCCGUCUGUGGUGGCGCGGGCGAGGUGGAGGCCCAGGACCCUGACCCUGCCCCUCCCUCCAGCAAGGCCCCCGGCAGCGCCGGCCACUAUGAGCUGCCGUGGGUUGAAAAAUAUAGGCCAGUAAAGCUGAAUGAAAUUGUCGGGAAUGAAGACACCGUGAGCAGGCUAGAGGUCUUUGCAAGGGAAGGAAAUGUGCCCAACAUCAUCAUUGCGGGCCCUCCAGGAACCGGCAAGACCACAAGCAUUCUGUGCUUGGCCCGGGCCCUACUAGGCCCAGCACUCAAAGAUGCCGUGUUGGAACUCAAUGCUUCAAAUGACAGGGGCAUUGACGUUGUGAGGAAUAAAAUUAAAAUGUUUGCUCAACAAAAAGUCACUCUUCCCAAAGGCCGACAUAAGAUCAUCAUUCUGGAUGAAGCAGACAGCAUGACCGACGGAGCCCAGCAAGCCUUGAGGAGAACCAUGGAAAUCUACUCUAAAACCACUCGCUUCGCCCUUGCUUGUAACGCUUCGGAUAAGAUCAUCGAGCCCAUUCAGUCCCGCUGUGCCGUCCUCCGGUACACAAAGCUGACCGACACCCAGAUCCUCACCAGGCUGAUGAAUGUUAUCGAGAAGGAGAGGGUACCCUACACUGAUGACGGCCUGGAAGCCAUCAUCUUCACGGCCCAGGGAGACAUGAGGCAGGCGCUGAACAACCUGCAGUCCACCUUCUCAGGAUUUGGCUUCAUUAACAGUGAGAACGUGUUCAAGGUCUGUGACGAGCCCCACCCACUGCUGGUAAAGGAGAUGAUCCAGCACUGUGUGAACGCCAACAUCGACGAAGCCUACAAGAUUCUUGCUCACUUGUGGCAUCUGGGCUACUCACCAGAAGACAUCAUUGGCAACAUCUUUCGAGUGUGUAAAACUUUGCAAAUGGCAGAAUACCUGAAACUGGAGUUCAUCAAGGAAAUUGGAUACACUCACAUGAAAAUAGUGGAAGGAGUGAACUCCCUUUUGCAGAUGGCAGGCCUCCUGGCAAGGCUGUGUCAGAAGACAAUGGCCCCGGUGGCCAGUUAGAGCAGAGACUUCACUGACUGACUUAGAGGUGCCCUAUUCUGAGGUAUAGAAGCCGCAGCUUUCUGAUGGGGGAAAAUGCCACCUUAGGCUGGAGCCAGCUUGACUGUCCUUUAAACUCCAGUGGCUGGCCAGGUGCGGUGGCUCACGCCUGUAAUCCCAACACUUUGGGAGGCUGAGGCAGGUGGAUCACCCGAGGUCAGAAGUUCAAGACCAGCCUGGCCAACAUGGGGAAACCCUGUCUUUACUAAAAAUAUAAAGCUGGGUGUGGUGGCGGGCACCUGUAAUCCCAGCUACUCGGGAGGCUGUGGCAGGAGAAUCUCUUGAUUGAGGAGGUGGAGGUUGCAGUGAGCCAAGAUCAUACCAUUGCACUCCAGCCUGGGCGACAGAGACUCCGUCUGGGGAAAAAAAAAAUUAAAUAAAUAAACUCCCGUAGCUUUCA